UUUUAAAACAAAUUAGUGUUAACGUUAAGGUUCAUUGGAAUUAGGCAGAGGCUACAUUCUUUAUCUUUAUGUUGACUGGGCCAAUAUGAUAUUGGUGGGCUCUGGCUUAGUUAAUAUUAUAUGUCUGCAUCGCAAAAUAGCCUAACAGAUAACGUUAGGCCUAAAUUAGGCUUACUUAUGAUUUGUAACGUCUAGACCUAGCACUGCUAUCGUCAUCUAGCGUUAGCUUCUGACAUUAUUGUCUAAGCAAGAGGCGUAAAGUAGGCUAGCCUAAGCCAUAAAUAACAACACAAAUUGGACACGAUGACCUCAGAUGGAAACUCUCUCCGGAUAGAUACGUUAACGUUAAUGCACCGCAGACAGGUGCAGGAUGAAGAUGAUGAGGAUGUUUGCAGCUUAAUAUUAGGUCGUAAAGUCAGUGCUGAGGGUGGUAAACGCAGCGCAACUUUGUCGAAGUUGCCAACUAUCCGAAAGAUGGAACAGCGACUUAAGAAUCAAUCUUUCCCAGAGAUGCCACCACAUAAGUCAUUGAACGCAGAAAAAAGGCCUAUUCCAUUUCCAGAUAAUGUCAGAUCCACAGGGAGAAUCAGCCUGUCGCCUCUGAGGCCAAAGAGAGCGGCUCCCACAUCACAUAGAGCAACAUGGGAUUCCCUCGUCAUUCCAACCACAUGGAAUUACAAAGGGGUCAGAGUGAAGGAUGCCCGCUUUGACGACACAGAACCUGAAGAUGAUAAUGUUGUCAAUCAUAUCAUGAGACUCAGAAAUAAACAUGGUUGGCCAACCAUACCUGGCAGAAGAAUGCGGAGAUCAUACUCAGACUAUCUACAGGAAAAUCCACAUGAAAUGGAAGACACAGGGGAAUAUGUGUACUGCAUCAAAAGGAGCGGAGAUAAUGACCUUAUCCAGUAUAACCCAUAUGAUCUCAAAGUGGUCUCGGUUCAGACAGCCAAGCAGCACAGUCACUAUUGGACGGUCAGCGCCUCUUACAUACAUGAGGUAUCUGUGCUGGAUUCGUCCAGUGGGGAGAUGAUGCCUGUAUUGGAUUGGUUGGCUGAGAGGGAGCUCUUCCAGAAAAUCAAUCAGCUGCCAUGGUUGUCAAAGUUCAGGUUAUGGAAAUCUUUUACUAUAUGGAAGACAGUCAUCAGGCGUUCAGUUUUUUCCAAAGCAAAGAUCAGUGUGUCCGAGAAUCUGUUCUUUCUAGAUGACAUCCUUGCCAAAUGCCUUGUGCAAAUCAGAAUCUUACUGGAGGCAUCAUUUAACCAUAGAUACCCUGCCUCUGAGGAUGCCAUUUUUUUAAUAAAGUGGGAUGAAUCGCAAACUCGCUCCCUGUGGGAUUUCUGCGAAGCACAAAAGCAGCAGAGAGAAUUUGCUGCCAAGCAACUUCAGCAUCUCCAUGACAAAGUGGCGUCUAUGAUACGCUCUGCCUGCUUAGAGACUGCGGAGCUGCAGGGUGCAGUGAGACUUUUCCAACCCUGGGUGCCCGACCAUGGCUUGCGGCCUUUGUACACCCAGGUAGCGCAGUGGCGGACCCUACUGGGCCACUUUGGGCGAUUCCUUGCCAUGGUGGACUACAUGUUUGAGGAUGCACUGAGCAACCUGUUGAAAGCUGCCAUCUUCACUCUGCAUUCUGCCUUUUGGAGUUCCUACAACAACACACGGGCCAAUGUCAAACCAGACACUGGCACCAAAUGCCCUCAAGGAGAUGAUAUUGAUCAGUUUCUGAGGAAAACUGUACCUUCACAUGCAGGGAGCAAGGAAGUGAGAGCAGCAUUUGAAGUGAAUGUGGUACUUACCGUCCUCCCAGAUGCCAAGGAAGAUGCCAUGGAAAGCACCCUGCAACCGAGUGAUCAGGGUACAACAGGGGAGUCAGAGAAUCAGGAAGAAGUUCCCAAUGAAAACAGUACACCUGUUGUAAGUUUAGCUCCUAAGAAACUGGCAACAAUGACCCUUAGCCCCUCCCUGAAUGACUUUAUGAUGCAAACAGAAGGGGUGUUUGAGGGCAUCCAGACUGUCAUCGACAAACAGAUCUCCUUUAAUGACGACCCUAGUCUGCUGGACCUGCACUCUCCACCAGUGUUUGACCGCAAACUGUCUGUGGAUAUGAUUUCUGAGGAGGAAAGAAGCGAGACUUCAAGGCCCUGGCCCGACUUGGAACUACUGCUGGGCCAAGACUCGGUCUACCAGAUGCAGGUGUCAGAGAUCUUGAGUAUAGUGCAGACAGGCUUUGCUGAGGUGAAGAAGCACUGCUCCAAGAUGGAGGGCUUCUGUGAGAUGGUGGAGACGGCCAUGGUGCUGGACAUCGGCCGCUUUGUUAACGGGGAGAAGUGGACGGCGCAGGACAUGAGGUCCGUCCUCCUGGCACACACCGAGAGCGUGGAGGCGAUGAAGCGCAUGGAGAUGCGGAUGCGUGUCAACAUGCUGCUGGUGAGGUGCGAGCAGUACCAGCGGGACUGCCUGCACUACCCACAAGCACUCAUCACCAGCAUCCACUCCCUGCUGCCCGGCUUCGCCACGAAGAAAAACCUGGAGCUGAUGGAGGUAAUUCAAGGUGCCUUGAGAAAGCUGGAAUUGGAGAUAGUUACAGUGGAGGAGUUUGUGGACCAUCUCAAUUUCCUGAGUCAAAUCUCAGAGAAGCUCCCAGCUCUGGAGAGACAGUACCACUUCCUUGUGCAACUGUACACCAUCAUUAAUGAGUUUCAGAUCAUGAUUUCACCUGAGGACUUGGCUCUGUACCAUCACCUCAUACCCAGCUUCUACCACCUCAAGUCCACUGUCCUGAUCUGUGAGACAAAGAAGGAUGAUAAAAUCUUUACGUUCAAUGCUGACUUGAGCAAACAACUAACUAAACUCAGGCAUGACCUUGUGCUCAUCAAGUUGAAGAUAAACAAUCCACUACUGCUUUGCUCAGACACACUUCCUGAGAUGGUUGAUGAGGUUCUACAGGCCCUCACAGAAGAGCUGGCCAUCCACUCCAACAAAGCCUACAGCUACUUCAGCUUCAGGGAGCUCCUGGACUGCUCAUUCCCCAAGAAAAACGCCCCUCUGGUGGGCACCAGGGAGGGUGUGGCGACCUCUGUGGUCGAGCUGGAGCUGGCAGAUGUGAGCCAUGCACUCACUCUCCGCGGGAUGCUCUGGGACAUGCAGAAGGAUUGGGACAGGCAGUAUGACUUGUGGAAGACAAGCGCCUUUGACCAGCUGAAUGUGGACCACUUGCAGGACAGCAUCAGUCGCUUCACCCAGACCCUCUACAUGCUGGAGAAAGGCCUACCUGAAAAUGACAUCGUGCCACAGCUGAAGCAGAAGCUGGGAGAUUUUAAGCUUUGCUUGCCUAUCAUUGUUGCCAUGCGCAAUCCCCACCUUCACAAAAGGCACAUGGAGGAGAUCCACAAAAAAACUGGUCGUUUUUUGGUGCAUGAACAUACUUUUACUUUAGGAGACCUGCUCAACCUAAAAAUCCUGCAGUACAGCCAUUUGAUUAGCGAUAUCUCCACCACAGCAACGCACGAAGCUACCCUUGAGGCCAUGCUGAACAAUGUCAUUGACCUGUGGAAGAAUACGGACUUCCGUCUCAUCACCCACAACUCGGACACCUCCACCGUGAAUAUCAUCGCCUCGGCGGACGAUAUUAUGGCACAGCUGGAGGAGAGCCAGACCACCAUCAUCAGCAUGAAGUCAUCACGCUAUGUGGAGCCAAUCAAGGGAUUGAUUGAUGAAUGGGAACGCAAACUGAACCAGUUUGCCCAGACGCUGGGGGAAUGGGUCAUGUGCCAGAAGCGUUGGCUCUACCUGGAACCCAUAUUCUCAGCUGGGGGAAUCCAAAGACAGCUUCCUGAAGAGGCCAAGCUAUUCAGGCAGGUGGACCAGGCCUGGCAGCGACUGAUGCUCAAAACCCAGCAGCGCCCAAACGCUUUGAGAAGUGGCACUUUCCCUGGGGUGCUGGAGAUCCUUCAGAACAACAACAUGCAGUUGGAGAAGAUACAAAAAUGUCUAGAGGACUAUCUUGAGUCCAAGCGAACCGUUUUUCCAAGGUUCUACUUUCUCAGCAACGAAGAACUUCUUGAUGUUCUGACACAUAGUAGGAGCCCCAGUGUCAUACAGCCCUAUCUGGUGAAAUGUUUCUCUAACAUCCAUCAUCUGGAGAUGCAGGAGCAGGCUAUGCUAUAUCCAGUGCUGGUUAGGUUGCACUCAUGUGAAGGGGAAACUGUCACUAUGCCCAAAAAUGUUCAGAUCCGUGGGCCUGUUGAGCAAUGGAUGGGAAAUGUGGAGACUGCCAUGUACAGCACAGUUAAACGCCACAUGAAGUUGGCUGUGUUGGGCUGGAACCCUGCAGACUUCAGGAGCUGGGUUCUGUCACAUCCCGGCCAAGUUAUACUCACUGUGACUCAGAUCAUGUUCUGCUCAGACUGUGAGAAGUGUCUGAGUGGCGGCAGCGGCCAGCAGGAGGGUCUGAGAGCAGUGCGGCAGCAGGUGAUGGGCAGCCUGGAGGACCUGAUGACGCUGGUGUUGGAGCCGCUGGCUUGCCACCAACAGUCCACAGUAGAGGCCCUGUUCACCAUCCUGCUGCACUGCCGAGAUGUCCUGUCCAACCUGAUCCACCAUCACAUUGCCAGCGCUGAGGACUUUGAGUGGAGGAGGCAGCUGCUCUAUGACUGGCAUGACACCACCUCAAUGUGCUACGUGGUGCAGGCCAAGGCCUCCUUCCCUUAUGGCUAUGAGUACCAGGGCUGCUUGCCGCGGCUGAUCAUCACCCCACUCACUGACCGCUGUUGGCUUACCCUCACCAGGGCCCUGAGCCUUCACCUCGGGGCUGCGCUGGUUGGACCUGCAGCCACUGGGAAAACCGAAUCUGUCAAAGACCUGGCAAAUGUCCUGGGGAAAUUCUGCCUAGUCAUGAACUGCACAGCUCGUUUGGACUACAAGAUGAUGGGGAAGCUGCUCUCGGGCAUGGUGCAGUGUGGCGCCUGGUGCUGCUUCGAUGAGUUUAACUGCAUCAGUGUGGAGGUGCUCUCGGUCAUCGCUGCCCAGCUUCAGUCCAUUAAAGCAGCUAAGAACAGCCAUAGCGUGAGGUUUAUGUUUGAGGGCCGAGACAUCCGUCUGAAUGCUUUAUGUGGUUAUUUCAUCACCAUGAACCCAAGCUGUCGAGGUCGAGUAGAGCUCCCAGAGAAUUUAAAGACUCUUGUUCGGCCUGUGGCCAUGAUGGUGCCCAACGUCGACUUCAUUGCGGAAAUUAUUCUGUUGUCGGGGGGAUUCAAAUCUGCCAAAAUUCUCUCUAGAAAGAUGGUUCACCUCUACCAAGUUGCAAGCAAACAGCUGUCCCCACAGGAUCAUUAUGACUUUAGCAUGAGGGCAAUCAAGCCUGUUUUGCUAUUUGCUGGACAUAAAAGAAGAGCCAAAAUGUCGAUGUCACUUAGCUCAGAGGAAGAGUUUUACAUCAUUAUUUGUGCCCUGCAAGACUUUAAUGUACCUAAGCUCAUUCCUGAAGAUGUGCCCCUCUUCAAGAGCAUCAUGCAGGACAUAUUUCCAAAUGUCAUCGCUCCCAAAGCCGAGCACCCUCAACUGGAGAUUGCCAUCACCACAGCUACCAGUAUUCUAGGGCUGGAGCCGUGUCCAAGUCAAGCAGAGAAGGCCACCCAACUCUACACUCAGAUUUUGGCACGUGUGGGAGUUAUGCUGGUGGGGCCCACAGGAGGUGGGAAAACCACAGUGAGACUCAUACUGCAGCAUGCUCUAGAUAUGAUGCUUGACCAGAGAAGGAAGAGGUCCAGUAUGGGUGUCCAGAAAAUUAUGAAUGUGGACUGUUUCACGAUUAAUGCAAAGUGCUUGGGUCUGGGAGAGCUCUUUGGUCAGAGGAACCCCAACACUCUGGAGUGGACCGACGGCCUGCUGGCCUCUGUCAUAAGGGCCUACGCUAAAGAGCUCACACAGCUGGCGGAGAAGAGGAGAAAUAAACUGUCUUCAGAGGACGCAACACAUGGCCCAGUACCCCAAGCUUCAACAGGCCACUGCCAACAAGCUGCGCGUCAUAUUGAGAAGUGGCGCUGGAUCAUCAUGGACGGCCCAGUGGACAACCUGUGGGUGGAGAGCCUGAACACAGCCCUGGACGAGAGCCGCACUCUGUGUCUGAUGAACGGCGAGCGGAUCAGCCUUCCCGAGGGACUCAGCUUCCUCUUUGAAAUUGACUCCCUGGUCCACGCCACUCCAGCCACUAUUAGCCGCUGUGCUAUGGUCUAUGUGGAUCCGUUAGGAAUGGUCUGGAAGCUCUUUGUGGACCGCUGGCUCCAGGAGCUGCCUGAGCCUUUGCAGGACCAAGGCGUGGCCUACUUGAAGAAACUCUUUGAGAACACCGUGGAACAUGGUGUGGCGUUCAUGCACAAACACCAGAAGCUGCUCAGCUUCCCCAUCCCCGAACUGUCUUUAGUCAUGACCCUGUGCAGCAUCCUGGGUUCCAUCUUUAACCUGCUGGACAAGAAUGGUGGUUUGGGUAAGAGUGAAGAUGUGCCACAACCCUCUUCAAACUCCCAGAAGACUUCAAUAUACCUCAGUGAGGCAUCAAACAUAAGAGAGGAGUGUCGAUGGUUUCUGCAAAAAUACCCAGAAAAGCUGACAUCUCUACUGGGAAAACUGUAUGUGUUUGCCUACACCUGGGCUUUUGGUGGAGUCUUCAGCCAUGUGGAUGAAUUGGACGAUUCUCCCAUGACCUUCAAAGAAAAGAGUGACCCUCUGAAGACCAUGCCACGGGAGUUUCAGAGUUUGCUCCGAAAGUUAUUCGAUGGAGGCCAUCAUUAUGGCAUUACUCUCCCAACUGGAAACCGCACACUCUUCAGUUAUUUUGUGGAUCUGCAGACUAAUAGCUUUGUGCUGUGGGAUGAGCUUGUGUCCCCUACUGACAGUCUUAUUCGCAAAGGCAUGAGCGUAUUGAAUCCAUAUCUUAAUGACUCUCUGGGCCAGAGCCCAUGCUGUGAGCAUGUGGGCAACAUCGACAGCAUCCGCUACUCCUUCCUGCUCAGUCUGCUCCUCCUUAACAACCAGCCAGUUCUGCUCACAGGAGACUCAGGGGUUGGGAAGUCCAUUCUGAUUGAGAGCAUGCUUAAGAAAUUACAGAAGGACCAAGAGGACAUCGGAAACCCAUUAACUGUUCUUGGACAAGUGUUUCUGCAUAAUCAAGCCAAGAUAGCCAGCUUACUGGAAGAUGUGUCUCUAGUUACUGAUGGCUUCUUAGAUGGUGACAAGAGCCCUGUAAUGUCAGCUAUGAAGGAUUUGUUUGGGAGGUUGAAUGGCAUCCAGUCUGGCCCAGUGGAGAUGGGUAUCAUGACCCGGACCCUGCAGUGCACUGCACACAUGGAGCCUUCACAGUUACAAGCCCACGUGCUGCAGGGCCUCACCAAGAGGGCCAAAAAUCUAUUCGGCGGGCCCAAAAACAAGAAGGUAUUGAUUUUCUUGGACGACAUAAACAUGCCAGUGCCAGAUAGUGGUGGCGAUCAGCCGUGCUUGGAGCUGGUUCGUCAGUUCAUCGAGCUCCAGGGAGUUUAUGAUGCCAAGACACUCACUUGGAAGGGCAUCCAGGAUGUGACCUUCUGUGCAGCAGGGGCUCCCCCUGGUGGCGGUCGGCAGCAACUGAGCAGGCGGCUACUCAGGCAUUUUUCUGUGCUGGUGCUGACACACCCAUCCCAAAACACCAUGCAUCAUAUCUUUCAGGUUCAACUGGGGAAGUUCUUUGGCUCUAGGGAGUUCUGUAAGGAGGUGCGACAGUGUUGCAAUGCUCUGGUGUCAGCCUCCAUCGCUGUCUACAUGGAGAUGUGCCACACUGUACUGCCCACGCCUGCCAAAUACCACUACACAUUCAACCUCAGAGACCUGUCCAAAGUGAUCUAUGGCCUGAUGCAAUCCCACGAGUCCGAGCUGAGGUCAGAGGAGGCGGCUGCUCACUUGUUUGCCCACGAGGCCUCUCGAGUGUUCCAUGACCGUCUCAUGGAGGACCAAGACCGAAAGCUCUUCCACCAGAUCCUCUCCAAUGAGCUCCAGAUCCACUUUAAAAUCUUCUGGACAGCAGAGGCUCUCAUGAAGGAGCCUGUGAUGUUUGGAGACUACCUGGACCCUAGCAUACCCCCCGACUCCCGCAUCUACAAGCACAUCCAGGACAAAAAGAAGGUUCUCAGCGCCCUGGAGGACUGCCACAAGAAGCAUGUCAUGACAAAGCCUAAGUUCCCAAUGGUGUUUUUCAGAGAGGCUGUGGAACACAUCACACGGUCCGCUCGCAUCUUCCGCCAGCAGGGAGCCCACAUGAUGCUGAUUGGGCUUGAUGGCACUGGGAAGGAGGAGUGUGUGAAGCUGGCGUGCCACCUUACUGGCUGCCAUCUGUACCAGCUAUCUGUCUCCCACAACUGCACCUACAUUGACUUUCGGGAUGACCUGAAGAGGGUGUUUUAUCAGUCCGGCAUCCACCGGAAACGGACUGUGCUGCUCAUGACCGAUGCUGAAAUACUGAAGGACUCUGUCAUGAAGGACCUGGACUGUCUUCUGAAGUGUGGAGAUGUUCCUGGUCUAUUUACCAAUGAAGAAAUAGACCACAUCAUCUCUCAGAUUAAGACAAAUAGCAACACAGAUAAGAGGGAGGCGUAUGCCCACUUCAUACAGCAAGUCAGGCAGAGGCUGCACAUUUGUCUAGCGCUGAGCCCAGCGGGCCCUCGCUUGCGCCAGUUUUGCUGGGCCUAUCCGGCCCUACUUGGCUGCUGCAAUAUCGACUGGUACAGCCCGUGGUCCAGAGAGUCCCUGCUGCAGGUGGCCAAGAGCACUUACAACGACUUCAACCAUCCAGGCUGGGGCUUGCAGGACAAAGUGGCCCAUGCCUGUGUAGACAUGCACUACAGCGUAUCCCAGAUUGCUGAACAGUACUGGCAGGAGACCAGGAGGCCGUACUACGUGGUGCCCAGCAUCUUCAGUGAAUACAUGUCCACCUUCACCAAGAUGUUCUACUCCAGAGAGGAGGAACUCUAUAGCAUCAGGAAUCGUUACACGAACGGACUUACUAUUUUGUCAGAGGCAACAUCUCUUGUCACUGUGAUGAAGGAGGAACUUGUAGCUUUGAGCUAUAAAAUAGAGGAGAAAUCAAAGGAAAUAGAAAUUCUGAUGGAGAAGCUUCAGAAGGAUGCUGAGAUUGUGGAGCAGGUCAGAGCCAUCGUUCAAAUGGAGGAGGGUGUUAUGGCUCAGGAGACUCAAAUAGUUCAGGACUACGCCCAGGAGGCCCAUGCUGAUUUGAAUAAAGCUUUGCCUUUACUGGAGAAUGCUAUUGCAGCCUUAGAUAGCCUGGACAAAAAUGAUAUCUCAGAGAUAAGGGUCUACACUAACCCACCGGACCUGGUUCUGACUGUGAUGUAUGCCAUCUGCAUCUUGCUGCAGCAGAAGCCGACUUGGACUGUGGCAAAGCAGCUGCUGGCUGAUCCAGGCUUCCUCAAGAGGCUGGUCAACCUGGACAAGGACAGCCUGCCAGAGAAGGUGUUCUUCAACCUGAGGAGAUACUCCAAAGACCCUGAAUUCACCCCAGAGAAGGUGGGCAGAGUGUCCAUGGCUUGCCGCUCUAUGUGCCAGUGGAUACUUGCACUGGAUCAUUACCAUAAUAUGAAUAAGAUAAUUGAGCCUAAACAGAAGAAGGUCAGAGUGGCUGAAGAGGCCCUCGCAAAGGCUAAGUGGAAUAUCAAGCAGAAACAGAAGAACCUCUCAAAGAUCGAACGCCACCAGGCAGACCUGCAGCAGAGCUAUGACGCCAGCGUGGCUGAGAAGACUGAGCUGGCUGCCCGGAGGGAGCUCACCAUCAAACGAGUGCAGAGGGCUGGACAGCUGAUUGCAGCCCUGUCUGAUGAGAAGGAGCGCUGGGAGAGCGUUGUGACUGAGCUGGACCUGCAGCUGAAGCACAUUGUGGGCGACACCAUCAUCUCCGCUGCCUUCAUCACCUACUGUGGCCCGCUGACCGCCGCCUACCGCGAGACCCUCGUCAAGACCUGGCAGGAGUCGUGCCGCAGUGCCGACAUCGCCGCAUCCGAGGACUACACCUUCAUCGGCACCAUGACCAAAAAGAAUGAGGUGCAGCACUGGCACAACAAUGGUCUGCCAUCAGACCAGACCUCUACCGAGAACGCCAUCAUCAUAAAGAACGGGCCCCACUGCCCGGUGAUUGUAGACCCCCAGGGACAGGCCAAGCACUGGCUGAUCUGUAAGGAGGGAGUGGGCCUCUACAAGGUCCAGGCAUCCAACCCCAACUACAUGAAAACAGUGGAGCGAGCCAUUCGCAUGGGGGAUGCUGUAUUGAUCCAGGACAUAAGUGAGAAUGUGGACCCCUGUCUUCGACCAGUAUUGGUGAAAAACAUCACCAUCCGAGAGGGACAUUCCUUCAUCAAGAUUGGAGACACUGAAUUAGAAUACAAUCCCAACUUCAGACUGUACCUGACCACCUCGCUGCCCAACCCUCACUUCCUGCCGGGUGUGUGCAUCAUCAUCAAGCUGAUCAACUUCAACGCGGAAUACGAGAGCCUGCAGGAGCAGCUGCUGUCCAGCGCAUUCAAGCUGCAGCAGCCAGAACUGGAGCAGCAACACAACCAGCUGCUGCACACCAUCAUCGCACACCACUUUGACCUCCACCAGCUGGAGGAGAGGUCACUCCAGCUGCUGCAGGAAACCAUGGGGAAUAUCCUGGAUGACCAGUCUCUCAUUGACAACAUGAGAAAAACCAAAGAGACCUUCAGCAAGAUCUCUCAGCGUGCCCAGAUGGCCAAGGACAAAGACAAGGAGAUUGGCGAGUUACGCAAGAAAUACCUGCCUAUCGCCAGUUACAGCACUCACCUGUACAUCGUGCUGACCGAGCUCACCCAGAUCAACUACAUGUACCAGUUUUCCCUGGAGUGGUUCUUGGACAAGUACAUGAAAGCGGUGCAAUGGGGCAACGAGGCGCCCGAGAGGCCGGGGGAGGGAGCGAUGACGCGGGUGUGCAGCUCAGUCACCCGCACCGACUUCGAGACAAUGGACCACAGUCGCUACCUGGUCUCUGUGUUGGAUCGCAUCACCGAGAGUAUCUACAAGGAGGUGUCCCUGGCUCUGUUCGCUGAGCACCAGCUAUGCUUUUCCUUCCUGAUGUGCUGCCGGAUCAUGCAAAUGGAGGGUGGCUGCGCCAUAUCUGGCUGCCCCACACGCGAGCCGUUGCCAGCCAAGGAGUGGUACGCCUUCCUACACACGCCCAUGCUGGCCAGAAUGCUGACGGGGGCGCCGACGCCGACGAAGACCCAUGAGCCACCGGCCUACGCCCACUGGCUGACGGACAGCAUGUGGACCCAGUGCCAGUACCUGAGCGCACACUUUCCGGCCUUUUCCGGCCUGUGUCACUCUCUGCAGGCCAACCCGGGCCAGUGGAGUGCCUUCCACCAGGCUGACGGCCUCUACAGCUUCCUGGGUCAGCCGUACAUGGAGCCAGGCUCAGCACCUGUGGCGACCACACCUGUCAGCAUCAAACACAUCACAGUGUUUGCAUGGGAGAACCUGUCUGGCUUCCAAAGACUCAUUCUGAUUAAGGUUCUGCGAACAGAGUGUCUCAUAUCAGCAGUGAGGAGGUUUGUUUUGGAAAAGUUUGGAGCAAAGUAUGCGGAAGGGAGCAAAAUGAGUCUGCGUGAUGUCUACGAGCACUCCAGCUCUAACAUCCCCAUCAUCUUCCUCCUCUCACCUGGCACAGACCCGGCUUCCCUCUUGCUACGCCUGGCCCAUGAGCAACGUGGCAGCAGCCUGCACCUGGACAUGGUGUCCCUGGGCCAGGGCCAGGGCCCGCGAGCCGACGAGCUGGUCAGCAAGGCACAAGUGCUCAAGGGCCGCUGGGUCUUCCUACAGAACUGCCACCUGGCGGCCUCCUUCAUGCCUCGUCUGCACACUAUCGUGAACUCGUUGAAGUGGAAAGGUUCUGACCUGGACCCACAAUUCCGUCUGUGGCUCUCCUCAAAACCUGACCCGGUCUUCCCAGUAUCCAUACUGCAGAGGGGCUUUAAGGUGGCUGUGGAGUCUCCUCAGGGCCUGAAGGAGAAGCUGCUGCACAUAGUGGGCAUCAACGGGGAGGUGACCGACAAGACCUUCAGCAAGGCCGACUGUGGCUCCGCCUGGAAGAGCCUGGUGUUCAGCCUUUGCUUUUUCCACGCCAUCGUGCAGGAGAGAAAGAAGUACGGCACCCUGGGCUGGAACAUCCCCUACACGUUCACCUCCUCGGACCUGGAGGUGUCCCUGCUGAACCAGGAAGCGAUGCUGACGGCCAGCGAGGGCGCGGAGGUGCCCUGGGCGGCGCUCCACUACCUGAUGGGAGAGGUGGUGUACGGCGGCCACAUCAUGGACCCCUGGGACCACCGUUGCCUGACGGCCAUCCUGCAGCGCUGUUACAACCCCCGAGUGCUCCAGGAGGGACUAUUCUCCUCCCAGGCCCAGGGUUACCCAGCUUUCCCCAAAGACGCCAGCUGGUCGCAGUGCCAUGCCUACAUAGAGAACAUGCCGGAAAAAGAACUGGCCGAGUUAUUUGGCAUCGACAGAAAUACAGAGGCAAUAGUGCGGCAGCAUCAGGCCCAGCAGCUGCUGCAGGCGGUCAUCAACCUGCAGCCUCAGGUCAGUGACGUCCACCUGCACACCAGGUCAGGGAGAACCAGGAAACCUGCAGAGAAACAGAGUCAGAAGAGACACAGCGACACCGAGUCCAAAGACAAAGUGGUCCUGAAGAUGGCCAACUACAUUCUAAAGAAACUUCCAGAACAAGUCGAGUCCAAUCAAGGCCAGACAAAGCUGCAAGAUGUUUUGGCUGAAAUCAGCUCAGAGGCAAAAGAAGAAGGUGGGCAGCACUCGUUGGCACUGCUGGUGGUCCUGAAGGAGGAGAUCAGGCGUUUUGACCGGCUGCUGGCUGCUGUCCACUCCACUCUGCUCCACUUCUGCAGUGCCAUCAAGGGCGAGACACUCAUGACCCAGAACAUGGAGGAGAUCCACAAUGCACUGCUCACCAUGGUGGUGCCUGCUGCCUGGAAGGUGCUGUCGUAUGAGUCAUGCAAAGCGCUGGGCUCCUGGGUGCUUGACCUGGAGCGUAGGGUCAGUUUCAUCCAAGCCUGGAGUGACCAUGUCAAAUCCAAGCAUGUGAAAAGAACUGAACAAUCCACUGGUGGUGGGACGUUCUUCCACAAGGGCAACCCACGCCGCUACUGGCUGUCUGGGUUCUUCUUCCCCCAAGGGUUUCUCACGGCCGUGCUGCAGACGUACGCCCGCAAAAGGAGCCUGCCGAUGGACUCACUGUGCUUCAGCUACCACGUGCAAAAAGACACGCUGGACUGGAGCACAGUCCCCCACAAGACCCAGUUACUGUUUGAGGGUGCAGAUCCACCUGAGGACGGCGUGCUGGUAUACGGACUCUACCUGAACGGCGCCAGAUGGGACCCAGAGUCGCAGACGCUGCAGGAGACGCUGCCCAAACUCCAGCACUACCCCAUGCCCGAGAUCCACUUCCUGCCCUGCCAGAAAUCGGAUGAGCCACCACCACAUCGGUCAGAGCCAGAGGAGCAUCUGAAGACGGGCGGUGAGGGGGAGCGGUCCUUCUACGAGUGCCCUCUCUACUGCACUUCCAAGCGCGCUGGCUACCUGUCUUCCACCGGCUUUUCCAGCAACUUCAUCACAGCCAUGUCGCUGCCCACCACCAUACCCGCCUCCCAAUGGAUCUUCAAGGGCACCACCAUGCUGUGCCAGCUGGACGAGUGAGCCCAUCGGUACCCUUCAAAAAGCGCAGCUCACACGUCUGCUCCAAAUUCAAUCCCUGAAUUUUUGUAAAGCUUAGGUAUUUUGUGCAAAGCAA